CAGGCAGGCAUCCUCCCCACUCUUCUCUAUUUCUCACCCGAUCCAUCCAUCCGGCUCCAAACCCUAACACAGCCAGAUCUCCGCCUCCGCCGCCGCCGGCGAGAGCACCGCCCAAAUCCGCCGCGAUGGCAUUCGGCCGCAUCCUAUCGGCCGCGGUGCGCCACCGCUCCGCCAUCGCCGCGGCGGCCGGGAACGCUCGCGUGGCCUCCACUGCCGUAGCCGCGGGGCCCGGCGUCAUCACCCCCGACGCGACCCCUGUGCGCGCCCCCGUGAUGCCAUACGAUCGCAUCGCCGAGGCCGUCAACGCCCGGAUCCGGCGGCUCGAGCAUCCGGACCCGCGCUUCCUCCGCUACGCCAGCCCCGUGCCUGCCCACGCCGAUCACACGUCCAUCCUCGCGGCGCCGGAGACCCGCGUCACCACGCUGCCCAACGGUCUGCGCGUUGCCACGGAGUCGUCCCUCGCCGCGCGCACGGCCACGGUCGGCGUGUGGAUCGACGCGGGCAGCAGGUACGAGACGGAGGAGGCGGCCGGCGUCGCUCAUUUCGUCGAGCACAUGCUGUUCAAGGGCACGGGGAAGCUCAGCGCUGCGCAGCUGGAGCAGGAGAUCGAGGACAUGGGCGGACACCUCAACGCCUACACGUCGCGGGAGCAGACGACCUACUACGCCAAGGUGCUCGACAAGGAUGUUCCCCGUGCGCUGGAGGUCCUCGCCGACAUUCUGCAGAACUCUAAUCUCGAUCAGGCCCGCAUUGAACGUGAGCGCGAUGUGAUCCUGCGAGAGAUGGAGGAGGUUGAGGGACAAUCGGAGGAAGUUAUAUUUGAUCAUCUGCAUGCUACCGCAUUCCAGUAUACAUCCCUUGGCAGACCAAUCUUGGGUUCUGCAGAUAACGUGAGGUCAAUCACCAAAGAAGACCUCGAGAAGUACAUCGCUACUCAUUAUACAGCUUCUAGAAUGGUUAUUACUGCUGCCGGUGCUGUUAAACAUGAGGAUAUUGUAGAGCAGGCAACAAAGUUGUUCAGCAAGCUAUCAACUGACCCUACAACAACUAGCAUGUUGGUUGCUAAGGAACCUGCCUCUUUUACUGGUUCUGAGGUUAGAAUCAUUGAUGAUGACAUGGCCCUCGCUCAAUUUGCUGUUGCCUUCAAUGGAGCAUCCUGGCUAGAUCCUGAUUCUAUUGCAUUGAUGGUUAUGCAAUCUAUGCUUGGUUCAUGGAACAAGAGUGUUGGUGGAGGGAAGCACAUGGGUUCAGAGCUUGUACAAAGGGUAGCAAUCAAUGACAUAGCUGAGAGUGUAAUGGCAUUCAAUACGAAUUAUAAGGACACUGGCUUAUUUGGUGUCUACGCUGUCGCCAAGGCUGAUUGCUUGGAUGAUUUGGCUUUUGCAAUUAUGCAUGAGAUGAGCAAAUUGUCAUACCGGGUUACGGAAGAGGAUGUUAUCCGUGCGCGUAAUCAGCUGAAAUCCUGUAUCCAACUCCACCUUGAUGGUUCCACUGCUGUAGUUGAGGAUAUUGGUCGUCAGCUGCUUAUCUAUGGCCGAAGAAUUCCUAUUCCUGAGCUUUUUGCAAGAAUAGAUGCAGUUGAUGCAAGCACUGUCAAGCGUGUUGCAAACCGUUUCAUCUUUGACCAGGAUGUUGCUAUUGCUGCAAUGGGACCAAUCCAAGGACUUCCGGACUACAACUGGUUCAGGCGCCGGACCUACAUGCUCCGAUACUAGAUCCAUCAACCAGUGUACCGUGUUUACAGUUUGCAAAAGCAAGAUAAAAUUGCCCCUUUUGGUAUCAGUAUAUUAUGGCCUCAGCGUCGCACAUUAUGAUGUGCUGAAGCGGAGGAAUUUUUUGAGUAUUUGUUUUAUUGCUCAUCUUCCUUGCCCCAAACCCACAAAUCUGUCAAUAAUGAUAGGCGGGUUCAACUGACGUGGCUGACUUUUGGUGGCCACCUGGUGUUUUUACGAUGACUCAUGACUCUUACCUUUCCAUCUUGUGUUGGAAGGUAAUUUUCAUUCGGCGAAUAAUUUUUAUGAAGCUGGUUACAUGUAAAGAUGGUACAGUAAAGUUUAGCUUCCAUGUCAUUUGUUGCCCUUUUGGUAACUGCGCAAAGGUGCAACUGUUCUUAUAUGAAGUUCUUUUGUUCGGUGAUUGUUUCAA